AUGACAUACAGUUUUCGCUAUCGACAGCGACUGUACGCACCAAUUUAGCAGAUAGCUCAUUUAAACCUGUAGAAAAAUAUAAACAAAUAUAUAAAAAAAUAUGGAGUGCCUAAUAGGAAUCCAGUUCAAUGAUUUUGUCCUUGUUGCGGCUGACAUGACCAACGCUACAUCGAUUAUGGUCAUGAAAAAUGAUGAACAAAAGAUUCAUAAAUUGGCCAACAAACUUGUCAUGGCUGUUUCUGGUGAAAGUGGAGAUGCCACUCAGUUUUCAGAAUAUAUCAAUAAAAAUUUGCAGUUGUACAAAAUGAGAAAUGGCUAUGAACUGUCCCCUAAAGCAGCUGCUAAUUUUACCCGGAGGAAUCUGGCAGAUUAUUUACGUUCUAGAACUCCAUACUUUGUUAAUAUGUUGAUGGCUGGUUAUGAUGAUCAAACUGGUCCUGAAUUGUACUUUAUUGAUUACUUAGCAUCAUGUGUUAAAGUACCUUAUGCUGCUCAUGGAUAUGGAGGUUUCUUUUCGCUCACUAUUUUAGACAGAUAUCAUAAAAAAAAUCUGUCAGAAGACGAAGCUUAUAUUUUAAUGAAGAAAUGUGUCAGAGAAAUUCACAAACGCCUCAUUAUUAAUUUACCAAAUUUCAAAGUUCAAAAAAUUUCUAAAAAUGGAGUUACAGAAUUACCACCAAUUACUGUCCAAAGCUUAGCAGUUGAAGAUGCUGCCAAGGCUUGAAGACAUUAUUAUAAUUAUUGAUUUUUAAGGUUUCUUUGUCUCUUAAUAAAUCAGCAAUUUUGAAGUAUCAUACUGGAAAUUUGAUUUUGUUGCUGUAAUAAAAUUUUGUUAAAUAAAAUGGAAAAUUUUUAUAUUACAAAGAAAAA